AUGUCUUCGUUCAGAAUCCCCGAAAGGCUGCCAACUCAUGCCCAACUAAUUGAAUUCUUUAGCACUAUCCUGCCACCACAUUCACAAGAUGUACCAUUGCAAUACCACACACCGCGAUGGGCAGGCUACGACCCCAACACAUCCCCUGUGCGCGACGUCGUUCUCAGCAUCACGCCAACCACAGGCGUGUACGACAAGCUAAAUCAGCUUGCGCGAGGAUGCCAAAAGGCAGUGUGUUUCUUGCAUAGACCAUUCCGAAUGGAUCGUAGGGCAUUGCCCAGGGGCUCACUAGUCUUGGCAAACCACAAGAGGUUCGAUGAACUGCUCACCACAGGCUAUAACACAGCCCUUGCAGUGCGGCUAGACAUGGCAGUUGACCGGGCGGGUUGCAUCCAAGGUUACAAGGGCGAUCCGGAUCGUCGUAUCGGGAUCGUUGCUCCGUUGCUACACAGCCAGACACUGAGCACUCUACAAAACACGAUCCAAGUCGAAGUGGGCGCUGCUGAUGCACACGAAUCCGCUGGUGGCUCUGGUCAGAUAGUUCAGGCUAUAGCGAUCAUGAACGCCUUUGGACCGGACGAGGUCGGUCGGGCCGUUUCAGCCGCACGAGAGGCUGGGAUUCUGCAGCAAGGGGACGCGUCAGGGCUGCUGUACUUGACAGGCCAGCCGCGAGAGCUUGGUCUGCGAGAAGCAAAGAAUCUAAACAUGCCUGUGGUCUGUGUAGGGCAUCAGUCGUGUGAGGAAUGGGGGGUUCGCUACCUGGCCUAUCUGCUUCAACAAACCUGGACAGAACUCGGCGUCCAUACCAUCUUUGAAGAUGAAAUUCCUUCUGUAAAAGCGCCUUCAAUGAAAGAAGCUCUGAACACUUCAGUGAUUCAUGAUAUGAACGCGACAUCACAAGCCGUAGGCGCCUAG